CCGGUUAGACAUGAUUACUGUUGAUUAGAGGGGGGAUUCUUUAAUAUUGCAAUCAUAGCGUACAAUCUAACGUAUUACAGGUUCCAGGCAGAAGCACCCUGGAAGAAUAGUUUGUAAAAGUUAUGGCUAAGGGAUCCUCCACGAAUGUAAAGAUUCCCAACAAUAAUUAAGAAAGAGCUUCCAGGGUCUAUCCUGGAAGCUCGUGUGAAAUCUCCUCUUCUUUUUUCAUGAACUAGUUUUUCUUGCCUUAAAUACUAACCACGGCACACCCUUCUUUCCACUCAAAUCAGUUUCCUCAAGUCUCCAACUUCCAAUUUUCACUUCAAUUUCUCUCUGGAAAACGUUAACUACCUUUCCCAAAUGACAUCUUCCAAAGAAACAUCAGCCUUGGAACUCAUCAGGCAACACCUCUUUAGCGACUUUGCUUCCAUGGAAACCUUUCUUUCGAAUCUCAAUCACUGUACUUCCAGGGUGGAGACUGCUCAAAUCCCACAAUUCCCUGAUACGGAUGUAAUAUCCAAGCUACCUGAUCAGAUCAACCGAACUGAAGUCCAUAGCCCAAACCAGCUAAAACAAUCUACUCUCAGCCAGCGUCGUCCUUCUGUAAACGUGACAAUCCCACCAGCAAAUGUUAACAUAAGCUCAAAGCCAGCUGCAGUUGAAUCAUCAUCAGACUCUAACGAGAAAAGACACUAUAGGGGUGUCAGGAAACGACCAUGGGGCAAGUUCGCAGCUGAAAUCAGAGACCCUAACAGGAAAGGCGCAAGGAUUUGGCUUGGAACCUUUGACACCGCCAUAAAAGCUGCAAAAGCUUAUGAUAGAGCUGCCUUUAAGCUACGUGGAAGUAAAGCCAUACUGAACUUCCCCCUUGAAGCUGGACAAUCAAAGUCCGCAGAGUCUGAAUUAACUGAGGAUUCAUUUUCAAGGAAAAGGAGAAGAAAGGAAGAAGAAGAAGAAGAAGAAGAAGAGUGCCUGGAAAGUAAAAUAGUGAAAAGGGAGAAGGUAAAGGAGGAAAAGGUAGUGGAUAUGGCGGCGGCAAAGGAGACGGUAACGUUGACGGAAAGUGUAACGCCGGGAGUUUGUUUAACGCCAUCAAAUUGGACAGGGUUUUGGGAUAGUGAAUAUAUGAAGGGAAUAUUCAGCAUCCCUCCGUUAUCUCCGUUAUCCCCUCAUCCAUCGUUUGGGUGUCCUAGGCUUGCGAUUAUGUAAAUUGUGGAGGGAUAAGGCUUUUGAUGGGUUCCAAACGCCGUGUACUAAGGCUGCAUUUUGGAUUCAACCGUACCUUCAGUGGAGUUGCGUUUGUUUUGAAAGUUCGUGAUCAACGCAUCGAACUUUCAUUUGAAUGUAUAAUCUUAGAUGCGAAAAUGAGCAUUUUUUCACUGAAAGUUUUAGAUCCAGCCAACAAUCAUCUUUUUAUCCUUUUAAUUUGGCUUAUUUUCUUUCUUUUUUAUUUUAAUUUU